GUUCUGCCAGAAAUCAGCAGCGCGUCUCCACAAACGGUUCAGAACCGAAACCUGAAAACUUUUCUGUCAAACAGAACUUUUUAUUUAUUUAUUUGGAUUUGAUUCUGUUGCUGCAGGACGCAGUUUGGAUUUUAACAUUUCUACCAGGACAGCUUCUUUUGUGUUUUUGUGCCAAAGUGAAAUCCGGUGAUUUAUUUUUAUUUUAAUUUUUUUGGGGACCGUGCGUAAUUUGGAGAGGUUGUCAUCAGAGCCAUGCGCGUGUGUCCGCUGCUGCUCCUCUGUCUGCUGUGCGCAGGACGCGCGCAGAAGUUCUCAGCUCUGACGUUCCUGCGGGUGGACCAGGACAAGGAGUGCAACAUGGAGUGCAGCGGAGCUCCUCGGAAGGCCCUGUGCGCCUCCGACGGCCGGACCUUCACGUCGCGCUGCGAGUUCCUGCGGGCCAAGUGCCGYGACCCCCAGCUGGAGGUCAACCGGGGACCGUGCAAAGAGACUUCCAGAUGUGUAGCAGAGAAGAAGUACACAGAGCAGCAGGCCAAGAGGCACGUCUUCGUGCCUGUAUGUAACCCCGACGGCACAUACAGCGAGGUUCAGUGCCACAGCUACACCGGCUACUGCUGGUGCGUGACGCCGAACGGACGGCCCAUCAGCGGCUCAGCUGUGGCCAAUAAAAAACCUCGAUGUCAAGGCUCAAGACACGAUAAAUUGACCACAAAAGCGCCGCGUAAAGAAGUCUCCUUGCAAAUCUUCUCCAUUCUGAAUGCAGAUGAGACGGUCACCGCCRUGGUUCCUCAGCCCGUCACAGAAGAGGAAGAAAUCACAUCCCAGUCCCCGUCUUUGUGGAUGGAACGGGAACGCAGCCGACAGAACAGAACCAGAGCAUCUCCCCCUUCGUGUGACCAGGAGCUUCAGACCGCCCUGGAGGACAAGCGGCUGCGCGGCACCGAUGCUGUGUUCGUACCAGACUGCGCCCACGGCGGACUCUACAAACCCGUCCAAUGCCACCCCUCCACCGGCUACUGCUGGUGUGUGCUGGUGGACACUGGGAGACCCAUACCAGGAACCUCAACCAGAUACGAACAGCCGAAAUGUGACGGUAACGCCAGAGCCUAUCCAGCCAAACCUAAGGACCAUUAUCGAAGCAGACAUCUCCAAGGCUGCCCCGGGGCAAAGAAAACAGAGUUCCUGACGAGCGUUCUUGACGCGCUGUCGACAGACAUGGUGCAUGCCGUCACAGAUCCGGCGUCUGCUGGAAGGAUUGUGGAGCCGGACCCCAGUCACACCCUGGAGGAGAGGGUGGUCCACUGGUACUUCGGUCAGCUGGACAAGAACGCCAGCGGGGACAUCGGGAAGGAAGAGAUCAAGCCUUUCAAACGCUUCCUGCGGAAGAAGUCCAAGCCGAAGAAGUGCGUGAAGAAGUUUGUGGAGUACUGCGACAUCAGCAACAACAAGGCGCUGUCUCUGCAGGAACUGAUGGGCUGCCUGGGCCUGACCAAAGAGGACGGGCCCAAACAAGGAGAAGACUUACCUCCCAGUAAGCUGAAUCCUUCCAAGAAGCAAGGUUAAAGCCGACGCCCCCUCUCGGCGUCACCCAUCGGCAACAAUGGAAACCAUAGUAUUUGCACUUUGUACUUUAAAAAAUGUAAAUUCACUUUGUAGAAAUGAGGUAUUUAAACGAAUUGCUGAAUCUGUGAAUGGUGUAGUUAGCAUUUUAUGUCCUGACAAAGAAAAAAAAAACACAUACAAUGUAUGUGUGCUUUGUGUGUCUGAAAAGUGUACCUUUAAAAGUUGUACAAGUUUUCAUGUUUGAUGCAGCGUUUCUGUGCCCCGGGCCACAGUUGGUCGUGUUAUUUUGUAUAGUUUGCUCCACAGCUACGUUAACUUAGACCCUCCUUUCUCUCAUGUGCUGAUUUCAUUGACUUUGUAAAGCAAGAAUGUAUCAAUCUUUAUGAAUAUGUCCUCAUAUAUCCAUCUGUAGUAGAAAUAAAGAACUCCACAUGUA